AUGGUGAGUGUUUCUGAAAUUCGCAAGGCUCAAAGGGCAGAAGGCCCUGCAACUAUCUUGGCCAUUGGCACUGCUAAUCCAGCAAACUGUGUUGAACAAGCCACAUAUCCUGAUUUCUAUUUUAGAAUCACAAACAGUGAGCACAAAACCGAACUCAAACAAAAAUUCCAGCGCAUGUGUGAUAAAUCCAUGAUCAAGAGGAGAUACAUGUAUUUAACAGAAGAGAUUUUGAAAGAAAACCCUAGUGUUUGUGAAUACAUGGCUCCUUCAUUGGAUGUUAGGCAAGACAUGGUGGUGGUAGAGGUACCUAGACUAGGGAAAGAAGCUGCUGUGAAAGCUAUAAAAGAAUGGGGGCAACCAAAGUCAAAGAUCACUCACUUAAUCUUUUGCACUACAAGUGGUGUAGACAUGCCUGGAGCUGAUUAUCAACUCACCAAACUGUUAGGUCUUCGGCCAUAUGUGAAAAGGUUUAUGAUGUACCAACAAGGGUGCUUUGCAGGUGGCACGGUGCUUCGUUUGGCCAAGGACUUAGCUGAGAACAACAAAGGUGCUCGUGUGUUGAUUGUUUGUUCUGAAGUUACAGCAGUCACAUUUCGUGGCCCAAGCGAUACUCACUUGGAUAGUCUUGUUGGACAAGCAUUAUUUGGAGACGGAGCUGCUGCACUCAUUGUUGGUUCUGAUCCAGUACCAGAAAUUGAAAAACCUAUAUUUCAGAUGGUUUGGACUGCACAAACAAUUGCUCCAGAUAGUGAAGGAGCCAUAGAUGGACACCUUCGUGAAGCGGGGCUAACAUUCCACCUUCUUAAAGAUGUUCCCGCGAUUGUCUCAAAAAACAUUGAUAAAGCAUUAGUAGAGGCUUUUCAACCAUUGGGAAUUUCUGAUUACAACUCAAUCUUUUGGAUUGCACACCCUGGUGGACCUGCAAUUCUUGAUCAAGUGGAGCAAAGGUUAGCAUUGAAGCCAGAAAAGAUGAAGGCUACUAGAGAAGUGCUUAGUGAAUAUGGAAACAUGUCAAGUGCAUGUGUUUUGUUUAUCUUAGAUGAAAUGAGAAAGAAAUCGAUUCAAAAUGGACUAAAGACAACAGGAGAAGGACUUGAAUGGGGUGUCUUAUUUGGCUUUGGACCAGGACUUACCAUUGAAACUGUUCUUUUGCGCAGUGUCGCUAUAUGA